GCAUAGACGAUACAUGGAAAAAUGGCGGCCACCAUACGGCGUUCGAUCACUAGUUUUCGUGAAAAAUUGAAUCAAAUUCAACUAAAAAUCGUGCUUCCAAAAAAGUGGCGCGGCGGAAGAAUUGAAAAAGCAGUGAAGUACUUCGAAGUGGUAGCUACAGAUUAUAAAGUCGCAGUAAAAGAUGGAAUCGUGGACGCUAAAGCGCAACCCAAAAAAGCUGCGGUUUAUAUGGGUGGUAAGAACUUGAUUAAUAUACACAAAGCUGCUCUAUUGACAACCAGUUUGAUAGCCACAAAUCCAACAAAAUUGGACUUUAUCGCUCAGACGACGGCAUGGUCCAACGAAAUGGCUAUUAUAAGCAAAUCGAUCAGAAAUCAUCAUUCUGAAGAGCAUCUCAAAUCGAUAAACGGACUAUUAAACCAAGAUCGCCUUGAACGAUACAAUCUAAUCUUCUGCUCUCUGCUGGUCCGAAGCGAUUACUCCCCAGAGUGUCAGCUCUAUCAGGCGCAAUGCUCUUUCAACGAGCCAACUUACUUCGAAAUUAUCUCUGAACGGUUGGUGGAUAUUGGUUUCUUCGGACGAUGGUGGGGGAUCAACUGGAAGAUGUCCGAUUACGACGUUAAUGAAAAUGAGUUUCUAAAAGGAAUAUAAAGAGAGAGCAAUUUUAGACUGUUUUGGAUUAUAAGGAAACACCCUUGUUAUCCGAUCGUUCGUGUCGCCCUUAAAACCAUAACUUAUAGUUUCAUAAGGAAUUCUAUCAGCUGUAAUUGUAACUGAUUGCAUAGUUAUUAUCAAAUAAAUCAUAUACUAUCUAAUUUAAUUGUAAAUAAUAUUAGGAUACUCUUAUUUUACAGAGAAUUUGUAUUGCCAAGCAUUAGGUAUGACCGAUAAAAACAUGAUAAUAUAUUAGCUAAUAUGUGUAUGCUAGUACAUCCAGCUAAUAUGACCAGAAAGAAGGACGGUAAGCACAUUGUUACUUUUUUGUUCACAUCUCGAAUAAAACUUAACUUUUCGGCUAUGCCAAGUUAGGCUUCACAAUGCGCGCCAAACCUUUAUGUGAACACAUAAUAGACGAAUCAUAAUUAUUAAUUUGCCUAAUUUGACACUAAAUUAUUACAAGGCAUUAUCUUUUUUAGUCAUUAUCAGUUCCUUUUAGUGGUUCUUCCUAAAAGGAAAAACAUUUUCCUUUUAACUUUAUUUAUUGAUUGAUAUCUUGGAACGAGGUCAUUAAUGGCCUAUAUAGCCUCAUUUUUGCCUCAUAUAAAAGCCCACUCUGUAGAACUUAAUGAGUCAAAUGCUAGCCCAUUUGGGCACUUCCCUAAUCUUGUCCUGUCGGUAGAUAGUCAGAUGCCAAACGCUGCAUUUCGUGGCCGGAAUCCAUAAGUGUAGUGUCCCUUCAAUGUAGCGGCUGAAUUUUAUUCAUUAUUCAAACCAUCUUUAAGUCUUUCUACAACAAUUGCCGCUGUACUCGAACUGUAAUUGAUUGAAAUACUGACAUCUUAUUGCAUAACUGUUUAGAGUACAGUAGAUUUUAACUUUUCAUUUAGUAAGCUAUUUGAAACUUAUAUUAAAACUUGAUUUAGUAAGCGUUUAUUUCGAACACCACGUAUUUAACAUGUCAAACGUAGAAAAUUUUCAGUUAUGUCCGACUAUGUUACGAGGUAGCUAGCAAAACUAUCCUAACAUUUAGCUCAAGAAGCUCCACCCUUAGGAUAUUUUCUAGGUUUAACUAUAACUAAACACUGAUUAUGUCAGACUGUAUACUUGUUUAGGCAGGAAUCUAGCUAUCCAUUGCCACCAAAAUCUUCGAAAAAAUCGUCUACAAGCAACAGUUGAAGUUAAAAGUAACAUUUUUCACGAUGUUACUUCUUUUUUCCAAAAUAUUUUUUUGUACUGACCUUUCUUGUUCUGAAUUCUAGCGAAACGCCUUUAUAUUUCACAACGGUGGUCCGGGACUAAUGUGCCUCUGUGAAUAAAACCUGCCUUGUAAUGGCAUAGGAAAAAGAUUGUUGUACCAACAGUUGAAGACAGUGAAAUGUUUUUAAGCAAAAGGGAUUUAUUCUUAAGAUUAUAUUAUUCUAUCUAAUAUUUACCUUCAGUCUUAGAAUUCACGCUGCCUGUUUGGUGUAUCGAUUAAAAACGAUAUUACACUUACUUUGCGUAACGUUCCCCUUACGUUACCCGUUAACUGCGAUGGUAAGGAUCGAAAUAAUCAUAAACGAACUUGAUAACGUAUCUAGUACAUAUAUGUUGAGACAAUUGACAGAAUACCGCAUUCGUGGGGAAAUCUACUAACUCGAUCGGUUCCUGAUAGUCGAUAAUGCGUAAAGAAUAAAUCCGCUUAUAGUUUGAACUGUUUUGGCUCACUAUCGAAGCACCAUUUGAUUAGAUUUAAUAGUCGAAAUAUUAUUUUGACUUUUUUUUUUUGAGAAGUCGUUAGUUUCAUAGACCUGAGGCUGCAGAUUUGAUACUCAAUUAAGACACGCUGACUUUUGAAAUUAUUUGAGUUCUUUGUAUUGGCUUAUCAUGCAGUUCAGUUUGACGGAAGCGAAAAUAUUUAAUAGUAAUAGUCAGUCAAUAAAUAGAAAAUAAUAAUUUAAAUCUGUUGAUCUUACCUUUCAAACUUCUCAAUAAUUUUUCAUUAUGCUACCGUAAAACUUUCAUUAAACGCAAAUAAAGAAUGUGUACCUGAAAAAUGUUUGAGUCCCAACAGUAAGUAGAAAUAGCUUUCGGUUGGUACGAUCGCAUCGGAUCUUCGCAGUUUUAAAGGUCGUCAUAUUUUUCUCGUACUCUCGAAAAAAGGGUUUACGAAAAUACUGAAUAUCCUUGAGACUCCUCUCGCGGCAGUGUUUAGGCUUAGAAUACGAGGCCCGUUGAUUUAGCAUUUUUAAUGUAAUCUCUAUUUAGAAUACCAUGCGGUAGUUAGCUGAUACUAUCACUUAGAGACAGCAAUAGUUGUAUUACGUUACUAUUACUAACGUGAAAUAGGUGGUCAUAUAAUAGUUCCAGGUCUUUAUCGGCUGAAAAUACAUAUCAUUUUUCCUUGAUCAGUAUCAAGCAUAUAUCACGAUUUGCCUCUCUGGUACUCAUUGUCAUACCAUCGGACAGCUUAGCUAAGAACGUGACAAAUUCAGCCGGAGUGAUCGGUUAUGUCGAAAAAAUACUAUCUUGUAACUUUCCAAAACUGACACCCAUUUUGCUAACCUUCUGAGUGUGCUUUAAUGUCUUUGGCUAUUUCUACCCUGUGAACAAGUCGUCGAAAGUAUCUUACCGUAAUGGGACUACGGCCUUGCGUCCACUGCAAAAACUGGCAGGGGUGGGUUUAGAACUAGAAGAAAGUUCCCCCAACAGACCUAUAAAGCAUCAUGGACAAAACUAGAAUUUGGACCAGCGAUGGCCAUCAGCGUUUGAGUGGCUCUGACGAACAAAAUAGCAAAGGAUUACCUUUACGCUGAUAGCUUUAGGUCGUCCAUCAUACUGAAAAGCUAUUAUCAAUUAGACCUGAUGUUGAAAGGUUAAAUGAAAUCAAUCAACAUGUUUCAUUACUUGAUUUAUAAUCUAUCCACCGGGAAUUCACAGGUUGAGCAGACCAUUUUCUAUCAGUAUAUUUCAUCGCUUCCUUAAUAGAGGUAGUACUCUUCACAGAGUUACACAUUCUUACUAAAUAACUAUUUUUAAUAAAUCUUAACGUUUGGCGGUAAAAUGAAUAUUGGUGCCUGUGGCCUAAACAAAAUGUUUCUUUUGCUGAACUCUCCAAGAUCCUUAAACAUGAAACUCCGGUUUCAUGUAUGUUAGUUGGAAAAAUAUAUACUUUUAGUUCUCCGGUGUACGGCAGUGAAGAUGGCUAUUCCAUGCAAUCACGAUUCAAAAGCGCCCGAAACGUUGUUAUCGAUCGAAGAGCGACCGAAACAUCAUUUCGACAGAAUUUGCACGUUGCCGCGGUAAAUUGCUUUAUAGGAAAUCAGAGUAAAGCACAUUUAUAUUCGUGGUCGGUGCAACGCGCACACAAAGACCUAUGCAUCUAGAAUUUGAUUCGUUAAUCAACCGACGCUGCUUAGUAGUUAGGUCUAAUACAGAUUGACGAAUUCUUUUUAUCAACGCCAACGUUUUCCUUAUUCAUAAAGCCAUGAAACGAUAUAAACAGAAGUUCAACAUGAUAAGGAAACAGAUGACCGAACGUAAUUUUUAAAUAUGUUAUUCUUAUUCUUCACCAACAAUACGCGUAACAUGUAAAUAUCAAAUUCGAGAUGAUACCAUGUGAUUUAUUGUCAACAGCAUCUUCCGUUGCGCUGCGCAUAACAUAGCAUUUAGUGAUCAACUGUAGAAACAGUUCGCUGAGUGGUUAAUUGAAAGACAUGAUAAAGAUUCGAUGCGGAUAGACCUACCCCAUUGUGUGUUAAAUAGGAAAAAAAAAGUGUGUUACUAUCCGCUUUGCGCUCUUUGCAUCAAGUCGAACACGCGUCUGAGUUUAAUAAAACAUUGCGUUUAUUUUGCCGCGAGUGAAGCUUAUUGCAGUAGAAAUAAUGAAAAAAUGAGAUAAGUCGUUUCUAACGAACAUAAUUUUAUAAGACAAUGGGUUAUACAAAAAUGAAUUGAUAAUUCGAUAGGAAAGUGCGUAUGAGAAGAUAUGCGAAUACUAGAUUGAUGUACAGCUUUAGCGUGCGCGCUUCAUUUUAACUGCGUUCCAAACUUUCGAUUAACGCUGCGCCCGAAAAUCGCUAGCUCAGCUUCAAAAGAAGACGUCUUUGGAGCCAAUUACAGAUUUGCUUUUUUCAAGCUUCGAACAAGAGAAGUGAUAUGAGGUCAGCUACAGUGACACGGUUAUUUCAUGACCGUAGCAGCUCAGUGCUAAAAGGCUUCCUCAAAACCCUUAACUGCCCGAUAGCGUCCUCUUACAUAUAAUAGCAUAUGAUACAGUUGCGUUCUAUCUAGUGGCAAGUAAAGUCACUACAUUUAUCUUUUGUUGGUUGUCUUACUUUACACUGUACACAGCAAUGCCCACACAGGAAACACCCUACUCAAGAUCUCUCCUAUACACUUCUGGGCGAGACUGUGGCUAGCUCAUCAUCUAUCAUUUUCAGGCUGACGCGCCUAACUAAAGCUCGGUAUUUGCCGUUUAUGUCCAGUGUUUUUAACUAGCCACUAACGUUUGAAAAGCAGUUCGGCACAACUCUUCAAUGGACAACCCGCACUUCAAGAGCCAUUUUCGGUUCACCUCCCAAAUAACACCUAUCACGCAAUUAAUAUAUAAGUCAAAACUAUACCGCAUGUUGAUUUUGGGCUUAAGUUGAAAUCGUGCCCCAUCGUUUCACACACAUAACGUAUUUUCCGCCUCUUUGCACUUCGAACGUACAAGCGCCUGAAAAGAGAUGGCUUCGGAGUAUGCCUCCCGGCGAUGUAUUCGUGCUGAACCGGCACUGGGAAGCUGAAGCCGCUACCUGCUGAAACAAAAAACUCCUCGUUCUUAUGCAUUGCAUCGCACUUCUCGUGAUGACUGUUGCUCUUCAGAUCUAUGUUUGUUAGCGGAUGAAUUUUAAUCAGUAUUAUUAGGUAUCAAGUCAUUUGAUCUUCGGAGUGUGCGGACCUAUAACAUGUAAGCUACUUAUGAAGCCAAAUUUUAUUUACAAAAUGUUCUUUUUUUUUUUGUCUUCGUUAGUAGGUCGAGACACGUUAUCUGAAUAGACACCUAUACCUUGUAAA